ACAGUUUCCUGCUGUCUCUUUUCCAAUCAUGACUACUUUCAAGGCACCCUUUACAAUUAUGGACAGUCCCGAGGCACCCUUUAAAAUGAUGGAUGGUCCCGAGGCACCCUUUAAAAUGAUGAUCAGUUCCGAGGCACCCUUUAAAAUUAUGGACAGUCCCGAGGCACCCUUUAAAAUUGACAGUCCCGAGGCACCCUUUAAAAUGAUGGUCAGUCCCGAGGCACCCUUUGAAAUGAUGGUCAGUCCCGAGGCACCCUUUGAAAUGAUGGUCAGUCCCGAGGCACCCUUUGAAAUGAUGGUCAGUCCCGAGGCACCCUUUGAAAUGAUGGUCAGUCCCCGAGGCACCCUUUGAAAUGAUGGUCAGUCCCGAGGCACCCUUUGAAAUGAUGGUCAGUCCCGAGGCACCCUUUGAAAUGAUGGUCAGUCCCGAGGCACCCUUUGAAAUGAUGGUCAGUCCCGAG